ACUACCCUUUUAGCUCAUCUUCCAACCAUUAACCCUUUCAUGGCCUUUUAGGGGCCAUAUGAGCCUUUUACAGUUUGACAGGGGAUUCCACAUGGGCUAGAAGUCACCUGCCCUCCUGCCUACAAUGCUGGGAUGCGUCCACAAGCAGUGACAGGUGUCUGCCUGAGAACUCAGCUUGAAUCCUGAUCCAUAUCCUAGCCAGGCCCGGUGGUUGCCUGGAAGCAGAACUCCCGAAGAGCGGGUAGGCCACAGUUCUUCCCUGCCAGGCUCCUCUGGGCUGAAGGAAAACGAAAUGAGCCUCAGUGGUGACUCAGCCGUUCAGAUAGGUGGUCUCAUGAGCCUGGCCGAGCCAGCGAGGUACAGACUGUAACAAAGGCGCAUGUUCUGCACUGCAGAUGUGCAAAACAUGCCGCUGAUUUCAGAUCCAUGGCUGGGGCGCCUCUCCACUCCCACGCCAGCGCUGUGCAACUCCUUGUACAGCAUACACAAGUGAAGUGGUCCUUAAACUUCCCCUUGACCAGGUCCACGGAGUGCUUCAGGCAGAGGAACCUGAGCAGUAGCACUGUGACAUCAAAGGGAAUGCCUGAAGAACGGGAUCUUAUGACUCCUCCUCAGUCAGCUGAUGUUGUGGAUGAAAACCUCUCUGUUUCCGGCUGCCCCGAGCCCUGGAUCGAACCCACUUUCACACUAGCAGCCAGGGUCCGUGUGAUCAUCACUAUCUGCUUUUUCUUGAUAGCAGCAUCCAGCAACUCAGUUGUGUUAUACAGCAUCAUGAGGAAGAGAAGGAAGUCCCAUGUCCGGCUGCUGAUACUGAGCUUAACAGUGGCAGAUUUACUGGUGACCUUCACGGUCAUGCCCCUGGACGCUGUGUGGAACGUGACGGUCCAGUGGUAUGCCGGGGACCUGCCGUGUAAAUUGCUGAACUUCCUCAAGCUCUUUGCCAUGUACUCUGCAGCACUGGUGCUUGUGGUUAUCAGCCUAGACCGGCACUCAGCCAUCCUCCACCCCUUUGCCUUUGCUAAUUCCAGUCGACGCAACAGACUCAUGUUAUGCGUCGCUUGGGUCAUGAGCCUUCUGCUGGCCUCGCCCCAGCUUUUUCUUUUUCACCUGCACACUGUCCCGGGUGUCAAUUUUACCCAGUGUGUGACCCAUGGAAGUUUCCAAGAGCACUGGGAAGAAAUCAUCUACAACAUGUUCACCUUCACCACCCUCUACGUCGCCCCACUGAGCGUCAUGAUUGUCUGCUACAUCCGCAUCAUCUGGGAAAUCAGUAAGCAACUGAAGAUCAACAAGGGUCUAGCAAGAAGCAAAAACGAUCACAUCUCCAAGGCGCGAAUGAAGACCCUCAAGAUGACCGUUGUGAUAGUUGCUUCCUUCGUUAUCUGCUGGACCCCAUAUUACCUCCUGGGCCUGUGGUACUGGUUCCAGCCAGACAUGAUUCAACGCAUGCCCGAGUACAUCAACCACAGUCUCUUUCUCUUUGGCUUGCUACACACGUGCACCGACCCGGUCAUUUACGGUCUCUACACUCCUUCCUUCCGAGAGGAUAUGAAGGCGUGCCUUAGAGGAAUCGAAACAGUAAUUACAGGGCAGGAGAGAAACAAACUGCUGUCCAGUUCUGAGAUGAACAUAAAGGACUACAUUAUAAAUGGCGGAGCAGCUUCAGGUGCUUCCAACGGCACAAUCAUCCACACGGUCUGCUAAAGAAAAGCAUCUGGCAGGAGGAAAGGAACUCGGUGUUCUUGGUCAGGGGCGUUGCAUUGGCCAGUAGCUCCUAUUAUGGCGACUGCCUGGGAAGUACAGUAGUAACGCUGGCAUGUUGUUCAGCCACCCGCCCCACCUGAAUUAGGUUUGAAUGGAACAGUCACCAGAAACUGGUAACUGAGAGCUGGCUUCUGCUGCACUCACGCUGAGUAUCACUGUGGUCUCCAAGGGGUCCCAUUGAUUCCCCCUUAUUCCAGGCCUGAUCCCUUGUGCUCUGGUUCCGAGGACCUCUUGGGGCCAUGGGAGAGACUCAGAGAGGGGCUGGUGUCCUGCUACUCCACCAGCUCUGUAGAAGUCGUCUGCACAGUUCCUGUUCCCCACAGGCUAGUUCCACCCCCUUUAUGGCCUUUUUAUGGUGCUCUUGGGCCAGGUGCAACUUACUGCAAUGAUUCUAGAAUUCAGUAUCCGCCAGCCUCCUGCCAACCACUGUUUUUCUGAAAAAAUACACUGGCUUCUAAAAAUAUAGAGAAAGGGCCAGAUUGGCAAAAGAGCAUCCUUUCUUUUUGGCCUUGGUGGGAUCAUUCAUGGGGCUAACGGUACUCCGGUGCAGAACCAGGCUCAUGGGGUGUGUGGUUCUCACGGCUGUGACUUCCAUGACAAGAAUGAGACAUUUCAGGUUUUGUCAGGCAAAGUCUUGGUCUUGUCUUCCCGGCCAGCCUGCUACUGACAUCUCCUUCUCCAUGAAUUUCUAUUCACCUGUCCAGUCUGAAAAGCUACUCACAUGACUCAGUACAUGCAGGUGCCAGCCCUAAUUCUUCCACUGUCAUUUCUGUGACUGUUUUGAAUCCCUGGAAAGUGAGCUUGUGCAGAGUGCUUGUUUUGUACUUUUUGAUCUAUGUACGGUGGAAAUAAACGGUUAGUGGAUUGUUUAUGGAAAAACCUUAAGCUGUGUCCAUGCCAGGGACCGGGACUCUCAGAGUUAUGUUCACCUUUGAAUUGACAUGAUUACAAAUAAAAGAUGCCAAUGUGGGUAUUUUAGUAGCUUGAGGAUAUAUGGUUUUCUGCCUGAUCGGUGCAGAGCAACAAUGCAGCUCAUCCCCGUUUAACCUUAAUACAAUGGAAGCCAUAUUGUGCCCUCACAUUUGGGCCCAGUGAUGCAGGAGGUUCCUGGGGCUUAAACUCCUCCUCUGGCCAAAUCCGGCAUCACCUCCAGAAGCAAAACUCUCCCUGAGGUGGGAGUUUGGCCUGUGCAAAGACUGAAGGAUCAGCCCCUGGUUGUUUAGCUGUCCGUAUUAAAGGAUAUGGUAAUUGAGAAAAGAGAGACACAACCCCACAUUGAAAAUCUGUGUCAAAAACCCAGCCCAAACUCUUCCUUCUGCAGCCCUGGGCAGUCACAAGGUGGGGCCCACCACCGUGGCUUUACAGAAUGCUCCGCUGUUUACACUUACAGCUUAGCUGGUUUAAGACAACAGCUGCUGUGGCUGUUGAUUAGCUGUGUCGAAGGCAGCAUCCUCCAGCAGAUUCAAAGUGGCCCAAGACAGAAAGAGCGGCUCCCUUAGUCAUUCUGGGAAAUGAAUAGCUUCACCUCCCAUA